AGUGAUGCUUCUUCUGUUGGUGCAGUCAGGAGCUGCAGCGAUCACACUCAGGCCCAACACCCGCAUGGAGUUCGCCUCCUUGAGCUGCGCUGGGGAGUACAACAAGGCGGAGUACAGGGACCUGUCGCGUGUGUGUGAGGAUUGCUACAAUCUCUUCAGGGAGAUCUACGUGUUCAGCAGCUGCAAAUCAAACUGCUUCCGCAACGAGAUGUUCCCGAAGUGCGUGAGUUACCUGCUACUGGACAACCGAAUGGGCGACUUUGUUAGGAAAAUAUCCUUGGCCAGCGGUGACCGCUGAACUGACCGCUGC